AUGACGCCUGCCCAAUUUGACAUCUUGCUCAAGAGGCUUAUUGAAAUGGGAACACCAAAGGUGGUUGUCUUCUUGAUCAUCUUGGUUUGGUUUCUGGAUAUCCCAAAGCCUCAGAAUGAAUACCAACUGCUGGAGUUUUAUGCGGGGGUGGGGCGAAUCGCGAGCUUGGCAAAAUGGUGUGGCUUUUCUACAGCUGCUGUUGAUAUUCAGUAUGGUGCACACCGUCAAAGGGAAGGAAAACGUCGACCAAUGGACAUCAAUGGCAAUGCCGGCCUAGUGCUAUGCAUUCAUCUACUAUUGACGUCAGAGUGGGAGCAAGUGGUGGCGUUCUUCGCGAUUGUUUGUUCAUCUUAUGUGCCCGUGAACAGGCACAGCACGGGGAGAACACUACUAACACCUCUGGGAAAUGAAAACUACAUAGGGGUUAGACGAUCCAACAAAAUGACAUCGAGGACAGUGAUUCUGAUUUGGAUCACUAUUCUUUCAGGUGGAACCUACCUCAUGGAGAACCCUUCUGGGAGUUUUCUUGCCUUUCAUCCUCGGUAUGUGUGGAUGCUUCAAAAGCUCAAGGCUAUUGGCAUUCUGACUUACAAAACUGCCUUUUGGAUGCGGAAGUAUGGCUCCAUCUCUUGGAAAAGGACAUGGGUGUGGGCGAACAGUCGCCGCAUCGGAUCCCUUGACUUGGGUCCGUUGACGGAGGAAGAGAAGGAAGGUUGUGAGAAAACAACUAUUCGUUACAAGGAUGCCCAAGGGAAUACCCGUUGGAAAGGUAAUGCCAACCUCAAGCUGACACAGCACUACACCUUCAAGUUUGCAGGCACCGUGACCCGAUUGCUGCCAAAGCUCCGUGAGGACUCCGGAUCUCACAAGUUCCCUGUUCCCUUGGAAUCUACGAUCUCACUCUUUGCCCGGAUGCCAUGGGAUCAUGAAUCGGUCUCUUGGGAGGAAGAGGGUGACCUGAGGGAUGUGAUAGAAUACGAACUGAAGGCAGCGAUGAUGGACAGUGAUGCUAAAGCUCCUGAAGUGUCACCAGGGGGUGUGCUGUCUGAGCUGGCACGACCAGGGACCCUCACUGAUCCACUGGAUGACUGCCCUGUGGAAGGUAUGGAUGACCCAUACCUCACUAUGGAAGGUGUGGAUGACCCAUACCUCGAGUUGGCAGAUGUGGAUGACCCAUACCUCGUUAUGGAAGGUGUGGAUGAGAGUGUCCAGGAAGGAGGCCCAACAAGCCCCAAGACUGAUCCUCUACUUGCCCAUAUCGACACGCUUUUUCCGGUAAGGUUCCGGAAGAGUUGGUUCCUGAAGGAAGCCCUGCUUCUGGUGCUGAACCAAUGGGGGCUUCUAAAGGGUCCUCGGGUAUCGGUCGACAAGAACGAGGUGAAGAAAAUCCGCAGACUUAUGACUCCACGUGCGGACGGUUCCCUGCUGGUACCCCCGGAGUUUUUGGAGAAGUGGAAAGAUCUCCAAAAUGGGGGUCGUGAUGCAGACAUCUUCUUGAAGAAGAUGCACAGGCGGGUGGAGUCCAUCAAUCAGCAGGACCUGUGGGUGGAUGGUGAGUUUAUGUCCGAACAAGACAUGAUUGAUGCCAAUAUCCCUCCGAGAGACAAGUAUGAGAAGCACGUCGAACUUUUCUGGGUAGAAAAGAAGAUGGCAGGUCGCCGGUUGACGAAGCGGAAGCGUGAGAUUCUGCAAGAGGAGGAAGACCUUUCCGAGACGGAAUAUGAUAAGCUUAAACAAGAAGAAUGCAAUAUGCCGGCCAUAAUGGCCAUGGACAAAGAUGAUACAGGGUUGCAUGAGACCAUUACGAGUUUCGAUGAUGCUCCUGACCACAUCUCUCAGUUGAGUGAGCGUGCGGACACCAUCUACACGAGUGUGAGCAACCUCACAGACAAACUCACUGCGAUCAAUACCACCGGCAUAGUUGACGGCUUCCACCGGGAGCAGCUUGAAUGA